UAACUACAACUGUGCCAAUGAAAUCUUGCUCAGUCACGUCAGGCUCGCUGAAACGGUAACACUGUGUCAGCUGUCUGGACAGAAACAUUCCAUGUGUACAUAAAAAAAACACACAACCGAGACAGUUGUGCAACUGAAAGAAGAUCAGGGAGGACACUUCUACUGCGCGAGGAAGAGAACAGUCGUCUUCAUUUUGUUCCGACCUGCAGCCAGCCUCCAAAUUGGACACCAUGUUCCGGGCCACCACCGCGUCCUUGUGUGCCUACUGUCAACGGCUCCGACUCCUGCCUGUCGCCCCCGGCACUCAGACACAACAGCAGCCGCCUGUCCGCCAACAGAGCAGCACGCCUCUUGUCACCGUCAGCAACCUGGCAGAGAACCAGCACACCGUCAGCUCCCUGUACGAUCUGUCGGUGGACAUCCGCAAGGUGCGCAAGUUCAAGGGCUGGGUCUUGUUCGAGAGUCCCACCUACGUGUACGAGACGGCAGGCGUCUUGCAGGGCCUGGGGGCCGACACAGCGAGCGUGGCGAGGGUCCUGGAGAGCCACCCGGAGGCCAUCCUCUGCCGGCCGGAGGACGUGGAGGCCCAGCGGGACCUGUGGGUGACGGUCUGCCCCAACCGGAGGGAGCUCGUGGGCAUCAUCGAGAAGUUCCCUGCCUCCUUCUUCUCGGUGGCGCACCACGAUAACCAGCGUGCCAACAUCCGCUACCUGCAGAGCCUGCGGCUCAGCAAGCGCAUCAUCGGCAAGCUGAUGGCCAGCGCACCGCAGAGCUUCAGCCGGCCCGUGGAGCUCAACCAGGAGGUCAUCCACACGCUGCGCGAGACCUACCUGGACCUGGGCGGCGACGAGGGCAACCUGCGCGUGUGGCUGCAGAAGCUGCUGAGCCAGAACCCGUACAUCAUGCUGCGGCCGGCCGAGGCCUGGCGCGACAGCCUGGGCUUCCUCCACGACCGCGGCUUCACCACGGAGCAGCUCCUGCAGCUGGUGUGCAGCCUGCGGGCCUGCAUCUCCGAGCUGGACCCUGUCUCCAUGCAGCAGGCUAUGGAUUAUGUCGAGGCCGCGUUGGACUGCUCCAAGGAGGAGCUGAGAGACAUGGUGCUGCGCUGCCCGGCGCUCCUGUACUACUCGGUGCCCAUGUUGGCGGGACGUUUCAACGGGCUCCUGGACGCCGGGUGCUCCACGGAGCAGGUGCGGGAGACGCCCAACGUGCUGGAGCUCACCACGCAGAUCGUGCUGUACCGCAUCGGCAAGCUGGCCUCCUACGGCUACGACGUGCGCCUGGGAAGCCUGGACGUCAUCGUGGGCUGCAAGAAGGACUUUGAGGCCAGCUACGGCCGGCUCAAGCUGCGCGCAGAGAGGCCGAUCUUCAACCCCGUGGCACCACUCAAGUCCGCCGAAGAGUGACUGUGACUGUGUGUAUGUAUGUAUGUGUGUGUGGACGGUGUAAAUGAAUGCCUCGUGUUGCUCCAUCUCUCUUUGGAAGACUUCUUGCACACCUCCUUGGUCCAGGUAUAUUGAAGGAGAACCCCAGGGUCACCAAGGUUAAAAAAAAACAAAAAACUCCUGCACACUGCCUUCAUUUUUUGCAAGUGUAUUUGCAGCGUUUCAGCCUAGUGACAUUGAUCAAGCACCUUCCCCUUACCAGUGAUAAGCUGUGUAGAAAAGCAAUGCAGGGCUGGUCUAGAGUCUAGACAGGGGAGACUGAAACAAAGAUAUCUGCACACGUGUUUUAAUUGCCAAGCUUUCAAUCAAAGACCUUCCCUGGGUAUACUUCACACGAGUGGAGAAAGUUGUGUUCCGCUUGUGUGCUGUGUGCCCCCAGACACAGGUCUGGGACCGAAAACACAGCCAUGAAAAACAAAACAAAAAGGAAUUCAAUGUGCAGAAGAUUGUUUCAAUCUUCACAGCUUUGCUAUUAUCUGGUGGACCGUAUAGUCAUGAGUGGAGUGCAUCCUGGUUUUCAAUGGACAAGACUGGGGAAAGUGAAGGGACACAACACAACACAUAACUAAUCUACUGUAGCCAGUUGUUCUGAUCACUACUGUCAAUAUGAAAAUGUGCGUCAUGUUUGUGUGUGUCAUUAUGUGUGUAACAGUUGUGAACUCCACUUAAGAUUUUUUUUGUAAAGACUGUUAACAUUGGAUGGCAUACUACUAUGGGACUUGGGAGGAACAGAGACAGAGGUAAUAUAAUGUUUAAUUAAUCCAAGGAAACACUAUGGCCAAAUGUCUGAAGCAUUGCGUCCGAUCAGAUGAAUCAAGGGGAACACCCUGGUUUGUAGGAAUUAUGUACAGUAUGUGUUGACUAUUAAUCUGGAAGCUUGAAGUCUUCCAUAUCAGAUGGCUCAGUGGUUUAUACUCUAUGCACGAAGUACUGUUUCUUUUUCUAUGAACUGGCCUUUGACAAAUGAGCAAUGAAAAGAAGAAUAAAUAGGAGUUGGAGAUCGAUUUA